AUGGAAGGAGAGUUUACGAUUGAGGAUCCCAAUGGUCCUUGCAGCAGGACUAGGGAGGAUGAACAUGUCAUGGUCGUGGCUGUCAAAACUUAUUCCAUGCAUCGCAAGCCUGAUGGAAUCUUCUGUUCUGUCCCCGUGAACGAUCGAUUGAAGUACUGGUUGGCAGGAACGUACGAUAUGUAUUUGCAUGUUCUGUCUGUCAUGCUUCUAUGCUUCCUGAUAGGAUGGCUGAGAAUCGAUUGUUUUCUGUGUAUCCCUUUCGUCGAGCUGGUGGUAUUUUUCGAAUCAAGCAUUCCUCCCAUCCUCAACAAGGAAAAGCGAGAGGAGGCCUACACCUUCUCCAAGGAUUCUAUCAGGACCCAGCUCAAGUAUCUUUCAGUCAACCCCGUCAGCGUGGAGGAUGAGUGGAUGAAUCUGAUGCUGGCACAAGCAUGGCAGACCUACGAGCCUUGGCUUCAGAGCUUCGUCGCUAGCAACAUCGAGUUCUACGCGAGUCAGUUAGGCGUCAAAGUUGUUAGCACGCAGUUCGGGUCUCAGCCGAUUCAAAUUCGCCGCGUGACCGGGAGGCCCAAGAACAACCUGCUGGGAGUGUCGAAGAAGACGAUGAGCGCGGAUGACUGGUGCCAUGAGCUGGAUAUCGACGUGAAGUUGCUCACCAAGGACAUGAACCUGACUGUCAGUGUCUGGGGAGUUCCGAUCUCAAUGAAGAACCUCGAGAUCUCCGGUAACCUUCGACUAGAGCUGGAAUGGAUCGAGCUCGAUGCGAGGGACGCCUCUUACGACUACCCCUCCUUCCCAAACGUCUGCGGAUUGAAGAUGUUCUUCACCAACAUCCCCUCUCUCGCCUUCUCUCUCUGGAUCGCCGACCUGCUGGAUGUCAUGGCUAUUCCUUUGCUGCGCAUGGCGUUCGAGAAGCUGGUGAUAAACAAGCUCAUCUGCUCAGACCUGAAACUCGGCCCGACCGACAUGUCCUCGGAGAAGAUGGCGAUCAUUGGCGACCUUCAGAAGGCGCUGUCGUUGAAAGAGAGGAACCGCCGACGGGAAAUGGAGUAUGACUUGUCCACUAGGAUAGACGAGAGCUUCUCCUUGUUGUCAGUCACUGUGCAAAGUGGGCAUGACCUGGAAGGAGUUGAAUCAGCGAGUGGGGAGGGCAGUCUGAUGUGUAUCGUGGAGUAUGGAGAUCGCGAUUCACUCAACGACUCUGUUCCUCCCAAUCACAAGAAUGUCGCAUACUUGUCAAGAAGACCGAUGCAGCAAGGCUGGAAAUGCGAUGAUGAGCAGACAUACGAGUUCCUGGUGAAGAGUUUAGAAGAUACCAUGUGA